UAUUUGUAAACCUCCGUUUAUAAAUCAAGACGAAACCCUAAUUAUCAAUGUGUCUCCGCUGCUCACUGAGCUCUGCGAAAAUGGGUGCCUACAAGUAUGUGUCAGAGAUGUGGAGGAAGAAGCAGUCAGAUGUAAUGAGGUUUUUGCAGAGGGUGAGGUGCUGGGAAUACAGGCAGCUCCCAUCCAUUGUCCGUUGUACCAGGCCCACACGCCCUGAUAAGGCUCGCAGACUGGGUUACAAAGCCAAGCAGGGUUAUGUCAUUUACCGUGUCAGGGUCAGACGUGGUGGACGCAAGAGGCCAGUCCCCAAGGGUAUUGUGUAUGGGAAGCCUAAAAACCAGGGUAUUACCCAGCUUAAGUUCCAGCGCAACAAGAGAUCAGUCGCCGAGGAGCGUGCAGGUCGUAAAUUGGGUGGCCUCAAGGUCUUGAACUCCUACUGGAUUAAUCAGGAUUCGACGUAUAAGUAUUAUGAAGUGAUACUGGUUGAUGCUGCACAUAAUGCCAUUAGAAAUGAUCCAAGGAUCAACUGGAUCUGUAAUCCUGUUCAUAAGCACAGGGAGCUUCGCGGGUUAACUUCAGCUGGAAAGAAGUACCGGGGCCUCCGAGGGAAAGGCCAUUUGUACCACAAGAACCGCCCUUCUCGACGUGCUACUUGGAAGAGAAACAACACCCUGUCCCUGCGCCGCUACCGUUAGGCUUGUUGAAGGUUUUUUUCUGGCUCUCACUCUUAUGAUUUUUCUUGGUCCCAAGUUUUGAAUUUUGAAAUGGACGAUUUUUCUUGAUCACAAGUUUUGAAUUUUGAAAUGGACGAGGUGUAUGAGAAUUUUAAAAUGGACGAGGUGAAUGUGGUGAUUGACUUGCCAAACCCUGGUUUCUCCAAUUUGUUACUUUGGGUCUCUCUCUCACAAACAAGUUCUUGACCUUUCAAGUGGUUGGCAUACCACAUGUGAGGGAAACAAGUUCAUAUAAUGUUGCAACCUUUCAUUGUGGAAUAGAAGUAAGGUUAGAAGUAAGGUUGCAAUGAUUUACACCACCCUCCAUUUUAUUUGGAUGGUGCACAUUUAACACUAUUUUGAAGGGUGUGGUACUUUUCGAUACUGUCUUAAAAGAUGUCUGAUUUAUACUGUUUAAUUAAAAUGAAUGGUGUUAACCGACCCCAAAAUAGUUGGGAAAAGGUGAUAUGGUGAUGAACUAGAACGAAUGGUGUAGAAGUGUACCUCGUAGUGCAUUGUGAUUGGAAAGUAUAACGCAGCUGUUGAGCUUCUUGUAGCUCGGGUGUUCUCGUUCUAUGUUGUGUAUGGUUUUAAGCCGUUUCCACAAGGCUAAACUUUAUGAAAAAAAUAAGGAAAAAGUUUA